GGUCCCGCCCCGGAAGGCGCUGCUGAGCGCGGCCAUGGCGGCGCGGAGCGGGCGGGCGGCGAUGUUGCUGCGGAGAGGUCCUGUGCUGGGGCUGAGCCCGGUGCCUCGGCGGUACCUCUACAAGAAGAAGUGGGCCACCACCUCCCCGCGCAUCCCGGCCACACGCCUGGCACUGCACCACUUUGACACCACUUACAGCCUGCAGCUGCAGGAGCGCUGGCCGGCCGUGCGAGCUGCAAUGCUGUGCGAGCAGAAGUACGGAGCCCUGCUCAACAACUUCGCCUCUGCCGACCUGAUUGCCCAGCAGCUGGAGCUGCUCAGCGCCACCGAUUUUGUUUCUGAAGCUGCCAGAAGGGCGCGGUGUUGGCAGGAAAGUGAGGGUGUGGAAGUAGAGAGGAGGAAAACUUCCCUGGAGGGGUCUGGUGGAGAUGGGACGAUGGUGCCAACAGAGACGUCACCGCUGCUUCAUGCCUCUGUCAGCUCCAACAUCAAGUGCUACACCUUCCCCAGGGGCGACAUCUCACGCUUCCAUCCUGCGUGGCCAGACUCUCUUGGGAUCCUCAGCUACUAUCUCAUGGAUGCAGCAUCCCUCCUGCCUGUUUUGGCCCUCAACGUGCAGCUGAAUGACCUCGUCCUGGACCUCUGUGCAGCUCCAGGUGGCAAGACGCUGGCUUUGCUGCAGACUGGGGCUUGUGGGCAUCUGGCAGCCAAUGACGUCUCCUUUUCCCGAACAAGGAGGUUGUACCACAUUCUCAAUAGCUACAUUCCCAAGGAAAUCAGGGAGACUGUGAGCGUCACAUCGCAUGAUGGAAGAGACUGGGGAGAGCUGCAAGGUGGAACUUUUCAUAAGGUCCUUGUGGAUGUGCCCUGCACAACAGACAGGCACUCUGUCAUGGAGGAGGAGAACAACAUCUUCCACAAAAUGAGAACCAAGGAGCGUCAGAUGUUGCCAAUGCUGCAGUUGCAGCUGCUGAUGGCCGGGAUCCUUGCUGCCAAGCCAGAGGGAGAGGUGGUGUACUCCACGUGCUCCCUGUCUCAGCUGCAGAAUGAACACGUGGUCGAGAGAGCGAUAGACAUUGCACAAACCCAAUAUAACAUCACUGUCCACGUUGAGGACCUGAGCCACUUCAGGAUGCUCUUCCAGGACACAUUUUGUUUCUUCUCAGGUUGCCGACUGGGGGAGCUCGUUCUUCCUCACCUCACAGCCAACUUUGGGCCGAUGUAUUUCUGCAAGUUACGCCGAGCAUAAGGGAUGGCAGAUCUGGGCUUGGGGCAGCUCAGCUUUCCUCACUAUAUGUCUCUGGGCCAUCACGUUUGGAAUUGAUGUUGUUUCCCGAUUGCUGGCUAUCAUGAGACACCCUGAAUGUCCAGGGAGAGCAUAUUUAAAGGAUAUUUAUUUUUCUUUUUAAACGUCUCAGAUGGGCUAAAUUGUUUUCACCUUAUGUGAACAUGUUCAGGAUAAUAAAUAUUAGCUGGGCAUGGA